AAGAUGUGCUGCUACACGUCAACGUCAUGGCUCAGCUGUUUUCAAUUUUAUUAUCCUUAGCUUUUCAUAAAUUCAAGCGUAACCACGAUGAUGUAACCUCUCGGCCGCUGCAUCGCUCAAAAAUGUUGCGCGAACGUAUUAUUUAACUGAAGAAGUAUUACUUUUUGGUAAUCAGAGUUUAGCAAAAUUUCGUGCUCAACUAGCUUCACAAAAUGGCCACCGCCGAGAAACAUGCACGUUGGUACUUCGGUGGCAUUGGCAGCGUCGGAGCGGCAUGCGUAACACAUCCUUUGGACCUGCUGAAGGUCACGCUACAAACACAACAGGGCAAAUUGUCUAUAAUAAAGUUGGUGCCAAAAAUCAUACGGGAACAGGGCGUGCUGGCAUUCUAUAAUGGUCUCUCCGCCUCGGUAUUGCGCCAGCUUACCUAUUCGACGACGAGAUUUGGCGCCUACGAAGUGGGCAAAGAUUUUAUCAGCACUGACACAUUUGGCGGCAAGAUAGCAUUGGCAGGAAUUUCAGGUAUGAUUGGAGGUAUCUUUGGUACCCCCGCCGAUAUGAUAAACGUGCGCAUGCAAAACGAUGUGAAGCUGGCACCGGAACUGCGCAGAAACUACCGCUGCGGAUUGGAUGGCAUUGUCAAGGUGUACCAAACGGAAGGCUUUACCAAACUUUUCGCUGGUGGCACCACAGCAACGGCUCGCGGCGUCUUUAUGACCAUCGGCCAGAUUGCAUUUUAUGAUCAGAUUAAGUCAACUCUGCUGGCGACGGCCUAUUUCCACGACAAUCUGAUCACACACUUCACGGCCUCACUGAUGGCUGGCACAAUUGCCACAACGUUAACACAGCCCAUGGAUGUGCUGAAGACGCGUUCGAUGAACGCAAAGCCGGGCGAGUACAAGGGCCUAUGGGAUAUUGUGCUCCACACCGCCAAAUUGGGCCCACUUGGCUUCUUCAAGGGCUACGUGCCGGCAUUUGUGCGACUUGGGCCGCAAACGAUACUGACCUUUAUGUUCCUAGAGCAGUUGCGGUUAAAUUUUGGCUACGAGAAGAAAAGCCACAAUAUGUCCAAUCAAUAGUGCUAACAUUCCAGCUGCAACUCGUCCAACAAUAUGAAGCGAGCACGACCUAGUUUUAGACAAUGCUAAUUUGAAAAUUUGCUGCUGUGGCGAUUUUAUAAAAUUCACAUUUCUCAUUUUUUUUUUUAAAUAUGAGGUGUUAUCUAAAUUUUGAUCGAAUUAUGAACAAAAUUAUAAGUUAUUGUUGCCUGUGUAGAAAACAUCGCGCAUCAAAUUUAUUUAAAAAAAAAAAUGUUUUUAGUUUUAGCACCCCAUAAAACAUGUUCCAGCAUCCGUUUCGUGUUUGGAUAACAUCGGCUUACGUGGCGAAUGCGCAAUAUA